UUCGCCGGCCCCGAGCUCCGCCGCUCUCCCCGGCAGGAGGUGGCGGAGCAGCUAGUGGGCAGUUGGCGCCCCCCCUCCGCACAAGCCUCCACCCCAGAGACUAGUCCCACACUCCACAAGUUCGCCAUGAUCGCCACCGGUGGCCUGCUGAGGAUUUCCGCCAGAAAGCAGGAUCCCCUCCGCCCCCCCAGCCAGAUCCCCAAGCGCAAGCGGAAAGCCAAGAAGAGGCGCAAGAACGACGUGGUGGUGGUGAAGGGCAAGCUGAAGCUGUGCUCCAUCUCGGGGCUCAUCGCCCUCUGCGGGAUCCUGGUGCUGCUGGUGGGCAUAGCCAUGGCGGUGGUGGGCUACUGGCCCAAGGCCAACGGGGCCAGUAAGGAGGGGGGUAAGCAGCUGCCGCCCGCGGGCAGCGGCCACCGCGUCCCAAAUACGGCCAAUAACAGCAACGGUGGCAGCAAAAACCGGUCCAGGAGCCACUCGGAGACUCCGGAGGGUGUCAACUCCAGUUCCGUGGGCGCGCCCAGGGGCACGCCCGCAGCGCAGCCGGCCGCCCCUUCCUCCUCCUCCUCCACGUCGGUGGGUUUCUUCUUCCGCAUCUUCUCCGGCUACCUGCACUCUGACAAGCUCAAGGUCUUCGGGCCCCUCAUCAUGGGCAUCGGCAUCUUCCUCUUCAUCUGCGCCAACGCGGUGCUUCACGAGAACCGGGACAAGAAGACCAAGAUCAUCAACCUGCGCGACCUCUACUCCACCGUCAUCGACGUGCACAGCCUCCGCGCCAAAGACCUGGCGGCCGCCGCGGCCGCGGCCGCGGCCGCAGCCGCCUCCUCAUCGGCCUCGGCCCCCGCCUCGGCGCCCUCCGGGGCCACGCCGCUAAAUGGCUUCCUCAGCUACGUGCAGUCGCGGGGCCUGGAGCUGAAGCCCGGGAGCUGCUGCGGCGCUGGGGACGCCUUCGGAGCGGCAGCGAUGCUGGCCAAGGGUUCGUGGCCCCACCCCGCGGCGCUGGCUGGCGGCGGAGCGAGGGGCGCCGCGUCCCCGCCCGACCUGGCCUCUUCCCCGCGCUGCCCGCGGGAGCCCCCGAGCCUGGCCGAGGCCGUGUACAGCAUCUACCGCGAGCGCUCGGGCGGGGCCGGCCGUCGCCGGGCCGCAGCUGCCGCCGCCGUGGCCGCCACUGCCGCCGCCACCGCGGCCGCCAGCAGCAGCAGCAGCCCGGCGCCCUGCAGCCCACCCGAGAGCUGGGGGCGCCAGAGCACCGCCAGCUCCCUCGUGGGCUCCUCGCUGAGCGCCUUCGCGCUGCUGUCCUUGCAGGGGGACCGCGACAGAGACGGGGACGCAGAGGGCGCGAGCUGCAGCUGGCAGAGGCCUCCCGGGGAACGCGGCUCCCGAGAGAUCCCGCGGGGCGAGCUCGACCUGAGCUUGACCAGCCUCCGCGGCGCCGAGGGCGGCGCGCGCUGGGCGCACGGCGAGCUGGAGGAGCCCGAGGGCGCGGUGGCGGCGCGCACCGCCAGGGGGCAGGGCGGCCGCCUGCCUAGGACCGGCCGAUAUGCGGCCUUGCGGCGCCGCAGCACCAGCGGGCUCCCGGACUACCGGGCGCCGUCGUCCCCCGAGCCUCCGCCCUCCCCGGGCAGCGAGGACCUGGACUCCAGCCUUCUGGCCAAGGUCGCCUCCUCCUCGCCUCCCCUGAGGUUGGAGGACUCGCCCCCUGCCAGGCGGGACUCUGGGAGUUCCCAGUCGGAUGACCCAUCCAUUAGCAAUAAGGGCUACACCCCUCUGCGGGAGGCCGGCACCUCCUUGGAGUCAGUCAUGGACGCGGUAGCCAGUAAAAGGCAGGACUGCGCGACCGCCACCGCCCCGGGUGCAGAGCAGAGCCCCCCGGAGGGUGCCAGCCAAGAGACGCCCACGGCUGGGCCACCUCAGCCGGUGCAGAGGCAGUUUACAAACAAGGAGAAACUCUUCAUGAUUUCCCGGUCUCAUGCCCUAGGGGUGGAAGAAGAACUGGAAAGCACUGGCACUUAGGGA